UACUCCAUAACAAAAUCCAAUCGCAGGAAAAACAGAGUAGCUAGUUCACUAUGAGCAGCGACUUGUUUCUGAGUAACUCACCUCCCAACAGUUCAUUGGGAGACAAAACCACAAUCAAGGGAUUGAAAUACCAUUGGUCGAACCAGGACAUUUUCGUGGAUGUUGAUACUUGGAUCUUUACGCGUGUAGCUAUACCACAACAUCCCUCCACAGAUUUAUCUCGGUUAGUGGAGAAAAUAGUGAAAGAUGGGAAUUCAUAUACCACACUUCUGCAAAUAGCUCGGGCUGUUGCAGAAACUGCUCUGACGGAGAACGACUAUAUAUCGGCGAUCAGCGUGUCUGUGAAAGUGGAGAAGCCAACUCAAGCCGCUGCUGAUUCCGCUGAUUCUUGGGGGGCUGAAGUCUUUCGCGUCAAGCCCAGAUAAUAUAUAACGAUUAUAUGUUUAUAUAUAUUCCUUGUUUUCUUGGAUGGAAAGAAGAUUGUUGCUUGCAUGGUGUGAUUGUCAUCGUCGUUAUGUUCUGAUUUUUGAAUAAACUAAGCCAAGUUGUACGCUGCUUUUCCCGUGUCAUCAAUCUCUGAAUAAAUUUUAUGUUCCCA